AUGCUGGGAGCAAAAAUAAUUUCUUUUAGUUUGUUGGUAGCAGUUGUGUUGAGUGCUGAUGUAUGUCAACAAGAUUGUACCAGUGAAAAGAAGGAAAUUUGUGGCUCUGAUGGCAAGACGUACGUUAAUGCCUGUCAUUUUGGUAUUGAAUCGUGUAGAGCUCAUGCUGCUAACAAAAAGGUCUUGUAUGAAGUCCACAGUGGGGAGUGUUCUAAUCUAGGUGUUCACAAACAACUUAAAGCUUGUACUCAAAUCUGUGACGAAGAACUUGAUCCAGUUUGUGGAUCUAACAACCAAGUCUAUGAGAACCCUUGUAAAUUCAGAAGAGCACAAUGUCAAUAUGCCAAUGAAAAUAAACAUUUAGCUAUGGUAUCGUCUACUACAACAAGCUGUCCUAAACCAAGACCUGUACAUUGUGACCAGUAUAAGCAAAAUACUAGUGGACUAGCGAUAGAACAGAGUGGAUUUAAUUUAAUUUCCUGUCCACGACAUCACAAAGGCCAUAGUCAUAACCAAAAUCAUACAACUAUUUGUGCUUCAAACAACCAUAACUAUUAUGAUGAGUGUGAACUGUGUUACCACAUAGAACUUCUGAAAUCUAGAAACACUAACCAAGUGACUAGUUGGAUGAUUCUUCAUGAUGGUAAAUGUAAAAGAGGUGUUUCCUUCAAUCCCUUUGGUAUUAAUUUGAUUGGUUAA